AUGGCCGAGGAGCCAUGCCAUCGAGUGUACGUGCGCGGCUUUGAUUUCGGUACCUCGGAGGAUGCGCUCCGUGAUCACUUCUCCCAGGCCGGCCCUGUCACCUCCGUGGAGUUGUGGGGACGAGGUGCUGCUGCUGUGACCUUCGCAGCAGCUGAGGGAGCUCAGGCCUCUUUGAAUUUGCAUCGCAGCAUCGUGCCGGGCAACAAGCGCUUCGUGGAGGUGAAACUGGACGAUGACCCGACGGCCGGAAAGCCUGGGUCCAAAGUUCUCGUUCGCGGAUUCGACUUCGGAACCACCGACGAGCAGUUGAAGGCGCAUUGCUCCAAAGCCGGAACAAUUGCGAACCUACAGUGGAUCUCGAAGGGCUCUGCCCUUGUCACCUACAGCUCCGCGCAGGAGGCGGAGAAUGCUGCCGCGCUCCUGAACAAGUCGACGAUCGAAGGCAACCAGCGCUUCAUCGAUGUGAUGCAGAAGGACGACAAUUUCGACCCCCGCCGGAUGAUGAUGGGCAUGCCCAUGUUCUGGUAUGCCAACUUCGCCCGGGCAUAUUGGGGCAAGGGAAAAGGCAAGGGCAAGAGCGACAAGAAGGAGGACCCCCCAGGUUCUGGCCGAGUGUUUGUUCGAGGCUUCGACUUUGGAACCACAGAUGAGCAGCUGAUCGCGCACAUGUCCCAAGCAGGUGAAAUCGCCACGGUCCACUGGGUGUCGAAGGGCUCUGCCGUUGUCAUCUACAAGGAAGCAGCGUGUGCGGCCCAAGCCGUUGCAACGUUGCAGAAGAGUGUGAUUGGGACCAACACCCGCUACAUUGAUGUGGUCUUGAAGGAGAGUGAGUGA